UAAAUUUUUUUGUCAAAUUCUUAUUCAAUUGCUUGUACCAUUGUUUUUUAAAUAAUUAUGUGUUUGGGAAACAUAAUUUUCAUUCAUUUCUAGUAUAACACACUACGCUCCGUUGCACUCAUUAUAAAAGUAUCAGUGAACACUUUCACCUAUGAUGAUGUUUAAAUGGUGAAUAAUGUGAGACUGUAAAAUUAAAUUAUUUGUCUGAAUUAACAUAAAACCAAUUAAUUUUCUUAUCAAAAAGUCAAUUUUGGCACUCUUGGGGUUUCCAGGCAGGUGCAUGUAGUUUCACAUUUUGUACCAAAUUUUGUAGAUGAUCAAUGAAGUAAUGUGAUGGUAAAAUUAUAAUUGCAUUGCCUUUUUUGCCACAUGUUAUCAGUGUUUCUUAUCAAGAAUGUGGUCACUAUGCUCACGACCUACUCUCCAGACAAGAGAAAUGCUUUUUCUUCAGCAGCUAUGAGUAUGACAUGCGUUGUACUUUCCUCUCGCUCCCACUCACACCUUGCCUCAUAAAUUAAGAGAAAGACUAUCUCCAGACAAAUCAUCUAUAAUCACAUUACGGGGUAUAGAAAUGAAAGUGAUCCGUGUGUUUCCUUCAGUGCCAAUGUUAAGCUCUUAAGGCAAGGUCGACCAAAAAGUGCUAGUGAAACCCAAGUCAAAAUGUUAAAUCAAAAUAUUGCAACAGUUUUUGUUUUGCUUACACUGCAAGUGGUGUUAGGAGUCGACCCUCAAGUGUACGAAAAUGUGGACGAGACAAUUCACUCAGAAUCAAAUACUAGAGUAGCACGAGAUCCCUUUAAUCAUCCAAAGGAUAGAUUAUACAAACCUCAAACUUUCAAUUUUCAAGGAGCAAUUCAACAAAAUCAAAAAAUGUUUCGGUACGCUAAACAACAACGUGUUGACAUGCAAAAUAUUUUGAAAAAGGCCAAAUCACAAGUCAUCGACCCUGCAGUCUCUUCAUCACGAAAACAAGAAAAAUACAAGCUUCCGCAGGAAAAAACCAACAGGAGUAACACGACAUCUCUCUAUUCCAUGUGGCAAAAAAUCUCGCAAUUAUCAAGCACGAAAAAACCGGUAACGAGUCGCAAAUUGAAACCUAGUAAUCAUUACGACGACUUUGAUAGUAAAAUCAAACGACAAGAUAGCAACCACCUUGUAUACAUCAAAAAUCAAAGAUCUGAGCACGAUUUAAACGCUUUGAAUGCAUUGGUAGGCCAACCUCCUAGUAACCAAUUAGAAGGGUUGAAACGGCUCCUUGAAUCAACCCAGUCUACGCUAGUCCUGCCUCCAAUUAAAGGCCCUUUACCUACACCUGUCAUCGAGCAUAGUGUUGAUAUACCAAACCCUCGCACUCACCCAAAUGUUGAUCAGAAUCUCUCCCUUGAAGCACUUCAAUCUCAACUGGACGAAAACGCGAAAGCUCAACUAGCCAAAGCCUUAGCUGAUGCUCAACAACAAGCUCUUGCCCAUGUCGAAGCUCAACAUCAGGCCAUUGCGAAAGCUCAAGUUGAAGCCCAGAAAAAAGCUCUAGCUCAAAUUGCUCUUCAUAAUCAAGGGAUUAAAGCAGAACGACUUCCACAACCUCUACCACUUAAACAACACGUUUCACAGCCAUUGCCAAUUUCAGUACAACCUCUAGCCGUGCAACUGAAACAACAUCAACGAAACGAAACUGCAAAAACUAAGUUAAAUUCGCAGAAGAUAAAUCCGAAGCCUCGUGAAAACCCUAACGACUAUCAACAACUCGUUUUAGAGACUCAAAGUCAAAAUCAAAAAAUUCUUCCUGAAGUUAUUCAUCAGUUAAAACUUGAAGGUGUUGAUGAUCAUACAUAUGCCGCACGAUACGCUUUCGGCUACAAGAUCCGAGACGUCAAAAUGGGUAACGAAUUCGGACAUGAAGAAAAACGAGAAGGAGAGAAUGCCAAAGGACACUACCACGUUUUGCUACCUGAUGGCCGGAUGCAGAAAGUGGAAUAUUUUGCUGGUCCAAGCGGAUAUCACGCGAAAGUGACUUACGAAAAUCUCGCACAUCAUUAAUUGAGUUCGUUUACUUAACUCGAAUCAUAAAAGGUAAAAAAAUAUAGUAUCUAAUGUAAAAUCAAAUAAAAAGACUUAUCUCAAGAUAAGUAGCCUUUCUCUUGUUCAAAACAUGAUAUGUGUCUGGUUUUAUUUUAUUAAACGUGUGUAGGUACAUAAGAUGCUAUAGUUUGUGGAGAACCAAGUGAUAUUAUUAAGUCUACUCAUAUUUAUUUCAAAUAUUUCAUUUAAAUAUCGUUUCACGUAAAAAUGUUGUGUUAAUUAAUUUUGUAAAAAUUUACUAAGUCCGUCUGUCGUUUGAUGAUUUAAUAGAAAGUAGAUUAUAAUUUGUUGAAUGCAAUACUCAAUUAAUCAUCUGUAGCGUCUAGGUGUGUUUUUAAUUGCUGUUAUUUGUUCUAUAGGCACACUAAUGCAACGGAUGGUACAAAUGGCUUUAAGCCAAUUUAUUAAAUAGGGAUUUGUGCAAUAAUGUUUAGACUGAGUUAGUUAAACAUUGGUUUUAGUUCUAGUAUUUAUGUUUGUAAUUAAGAUUGUAUGUAAUUGACCUUCUUCAAAUAAAUAAGUAAAU